AUGCCACCAACCGACAUCCCCACCUUCGCCGCCUCCCAGCUCUCCCUCCUGGACGCCGAGCUCCGCGCCGAGCUCUCCGAGACCUCAGCCCUAGCCUCCCAGUCCUCGCCCACAGCCCUCGCCCGCGCCGGCGUCGCGAUCCUCAACCUUCAGAUCUCGUCCCAGCGGACCGGGCUCGGGGGCAAGACUGUUAUCGAUCUUGAGCUCGAUCCUGCUGUCGGUGGGGGCGACAUCCCUGAGCAUGGCAUCAGGGUUGGGGACAUAGUGGGCGUGCAGGAGCAGGUGGGCGGGAGUGCGAAGAAGAGAGAGAAGGCUGAGGUGAAGGCGAAGGGGGUGGCGGGAGUGGUGCUGAAGGUCACAAGUGCGGGAGUCGCGGUGGCCCUGGACAGGGAGGAGGUUGAGGUGCCAGCGGGGAAGCUGUGGCUGAUCAAGCUCGCUAAUGAUGUUACGUACAAACGCAUGACCCAGACGAUGACACGGCUGCAGAACUUCAAGGAGGCAGAGUAUACGCCGUUCGUACGCGUGCUCUUUGGCCUGUCAUUCCCUUCGCCGGUACCACAGAACCUCUCAGAUCCUGAACACGGCCUUGACAAUAUCGCCUGGAUUGAUCCCAGCCUCAACGACUCUCAGAAGGACGCCAUCAGGUUUGCCCUCCUAUCGAAAGAGAUGGCGCUCAUACAUGGACCGCCCGGCACUGGCAAAACUCAUACACUCAUCGAGCUCGUACUGCAAAUGUUGAAGCAGAACUUGCGUCUACUGGUAUGUGGUCCGUCGAACAUCGCAGUCGACAACAUCGUGGAAAGACUAGCGCCGCACAGAGUGCCCAUAGUCCGGCUGGGCCAUCCAGCACGACUGCUCCCAUCCGUACUGAACCACUCACUGGAUGUGCUCACUAGGACAAGCGAUGCCGGCGCGCUGGUGCAAGACGUCCGGAAAGAGAUGGACGAGAAGCAAGCAAGUAUCCGCAAGACGAGGAACGGCCGAGAGCGGCGAGCCAUCUACGGUGAGCUAAAGGAACUGAGAAAAGAGUAUCGCGAGAGGGAGCGCGGUUGCGUGGAUAACCUUGUCAGAGGAAGCAAAGUAGUCCUGGCGACAUUGCAUGGUGCAGGAGGGUUUCAUCUCAAGAACCAAGAGUUUGAUGUCGUGAUCAUUGAUGAAGCUAGCCAGGCCCUGGAGGCGCAGUGCUGGGUUCCCCUGCUGGCCGCUAAGAAGGUCGUGCUGGCUGGCGAUCACUUGCAGCUGCCACCUACGAUCAAGUCCUUGAACUCAAAGGCUAAGUCCUCGAAAGAGGCGAAGGAAGAUGAAGUCGUCGAGAACAUGACUCUUGAGACUACUUUGUUCGAUCGGUUGUUGGCUUUGCACGGGCCAUCGAUCAAGCGGAUACUGACAACCCAAUACCGGAUGCACGAGAAUAUCAUGGCCUUUCCGUCAAAAGAGCUGUACGAAGGAAAGCUGGUAGCUGCAGACGCAGUCAAAGCGCGCUUACUGAAAGACCUACCUUACAAAGUCAAGGAUACGGAGGACAGCAGAGAGCCUGUCGUGUUCUGGGACACUCAAGGUGGAGAUUUUCCCGAGAAGACCGAAGAUGAAGAAUUUGGCAAGAAGGCAGGGAAAGGCAUGAGCCUUGGAGAGAGCAAAAGCAACGAGCUCGAAGCGGCGCUGGUCAAGCUGCAUGUUCGUAAUCUGGUGGACGCGGGCGUGCGAGCCGAGGACAUUGCGGUAGUGACACCUUAUAAUGCACAGCUUGCAGUUCUGUCACAAUUGCUCAAGGAAGCCUUUCCGGGCAUUGAGCUGGGGAGUGUCGACGGGUUUCAAGGCAGAGAAAAGGAGGCGGUGAUAGUGAGUCUGGUCCGAAGCAAUCCGGAGCAUGAGGUGGGAUUCCUUGGUGAGAAGCGCCGGCUGAAUGUUGCAAUGACUCGACCAAAGAGACACCUCUGUGUGAUUGGAGAUUCGGAGACCGUCGGCCGUGGCAGCUCGUUUCUCAAGCGGUGGACGGCAUUCCUGGAGGAAACCGCGGACUUGAGAUAUCCUAAUGCGAGCGAUCUUCAGGAUCUUGCAUGA